CUACCAAACCCAGACAGAGGCUGAGCUCCAGCAUGAUGGUGAUGCCUGUGGUGACCCAGGAGGAUCUCAGCAAUGUGCAUUUACGUUCCGUCAGCAGCUCAGAUUCAGACAAAGGCCUGGAGGGCUCACCUGAAGUCAUCAGGGAGGAGGAGCAGGAACAGGAGCUGGAGAGCUGUCCACUGGUCCACCACAGUCCUAAAGCUAAACCACCUGUUGCUACUAAGCCACCUGCACACAAAUGGCCACCGAUACAUAUGGUAAAGUCCUCCUCAGUCUCUACACAGUUCUCAGAGACCCUUCCAGCCUCACCAAGAGAGAGCCAAGGGGACAUGUUUAUGGUGGAAAGAAGAGCGAAGCCUAAGAGGUCGCACCAGCCUCCUCGUGUUGCCAGUGAUGGGGUUAUGUUUCAGAGGCAGCAAGCUGUAGACAGGCAGCAGUAUGAUGUGACUGACUCACACCCACCACCCACCUCCUGCCAUUCAGAGAUCAGGAACGUGAGAAGGACCUCUCCCACCAGCACCACAUCUCUUCAAGCUGAACUAGAUAGGAAGAAGAAGUUGGUUCCCCCUCCAGUCGCAAAGAAACCUGAUGUCCUCUUCAUGCCCUCCAUCAGCUCACUGGGACAGGAGAGCACCAGGAGCCAUUUCUGGUCUGGGCUCAGUGGUGCUUACCAGGCUCCUGCCAGUGCAUACCAGCCUCCUACCACUGGUUACCAGGUUACUGCCAGUGGUUAUCAGUUUCCUGCCAGUGCUUACAGAGACAGAGACUUUACUGGACAAGAUUGCAACCAUAACAGGAUAAGAGAUGGACUUUUCCUAGAUGAGAACAGUGAAGAGAGGAGGGCAAUGCCCCAGAUGAGAACACUGUGCCUCGGGGAGCAGGAGGAGGAAGAGUUGGACCACAACUCCUCACAGCCAACUAUUGAGGACCUAUUCACCAUCAUACACAGGUCAAAGAAGAAACUCCUGGGUCGUAAAGAAACAGCUGACAGCACGGGGAGCAGGCAGGGUUAUGGAUCCCCCAUUAAAGGCACCCAGAGGGUUGUCCAGAAGUCAAGCUCCAAAAAUGACAACUUCAUGGCUUUUCUGCAGAGGAGGAGGAGCAAUAAACCCAGCUCUGGGGAGAGACUGUCAGCCUCUGAACUACUGAAGAAUACUAAACCACUGGCCGGUCAACCGUAGAGCAUCGAACAACUCCAAUGUUUAUGUUUCUCAAUGUGUAACAAACACUUUUCACUCAAUAUGGGGCAUGCAAGUAUUGUGGACAAUCAGGGAGAGAAGGAAAAGGCUAUUGUUUACAUUGCUUUACGUGCUACAGUACACCGACAACUUGUUUCUGUGACGGCAAUACAGUGUAUAGAGGUCAUGUCUAACUGGAAAUAUGACAGUGUUGGCCAGCUGUGUUUUGCUUAUGAGCUGAGACAAUCUAUCGUGUCAAUACAUCUUUCUUGCCUUGACUUGU